AUGCCCACUGGAGAGCAGACACCGCGCCAUGUCUACCCCACAAGCAAGGAUGUCACACGAGCAACAAACGCUGCUCAGCACUUGCUUGACGUCGAACAGCGCGUGACCGCUGUCCUGAAUGCGAUUGACUACAACACUGGAAACAUUCACCGCAUGAUUGCGGAAGAUUUAGCGUCGUCCGCUGCUGAGGAGGAACUUGCCCUGUUGCCGAAAACUGACUACUGCUCAGUCCAAUAUGCAUCGGGCAUCACGGAGACAUGCAAGGCCAUGCUCAGGGACAAGAUCGAGCGGUAUCAACGCCAGCACGCACAUAAUCUGAUAAGCGAAGAGAUGGUCGAUGUCCUUGUCAAAUGGCAAUGCAGCGCGAAUGGCCCGCAACCUUACCGACUGCUGCCCGAGGACGAGUUCGCUUACGUGCAAAUUGCGCAUGACUGUCGCUACAAAUAUUUGGAUUGGAACCUGGAGCACGCCGAAGAGAAAACUUACGAUGAUGGAACGAAGCCGCCGCCUGGUGCCUGUCGCAAGCCGCCUCGCGCAGAUACGAGUAUCCCGCCUGCACCCGCUACCCACCAGGGCGGCUUUUACACUUGUGUAAUUCAAGAACUCCUACCUUUCCUCGAGAGCCUAUCGGAGUUGUGGACUGCAUCAAUCCAAGUAGUCGUUCACCCGAAGCUUAUGACCGAGGAAGAACAGAAGGAGAUGGACGCCUAUCACGCGGCUAGACGCCAGGCCGAAGACGCCAUCAAGCUUGCAAAGGCACUGGCUAAAAUCGAGAAGGAGGCGUUAGAUGCCAAGGAUGAAGAGCUUGGACUGAAGCGGAGGAGGCACACUUAUCCUCGCCAGGAUCUACUUGAGAGGGAUAUUCGAAAUCUACUUUACCUGGACCCAGCGGGUUUUACCUCAGCUGACACUUAG